UUUUUUUUCUCUCUCUCUAUUUUUCUCCCUAUAUAUAUAACUUCGUAACACUCCCUUGUUUCAUCCUCAGCCUCCUCUUCCAUAGCCCUUAGUAAGAAAACCAAAGCCAUGAACAUGUUCCAAGAGUGGCCUGAGCCUAUAGUCCGUGUCCAAUCCUUAUCCCAAAGCAACCUCAAAGCCAUACCAAACCGCUACGUCAAGCCUCUGUCUCAACGUCCAAACUUACCCUCUCAAAACCACCACAACAAACACAACCCUGUCACCGCCACUAUCCCCAUCAUUGACUUAGGUGGCUUAUACACAACCGACAUGACUCUACAGGCCAAAACUCUCGACGAGAUCUCAAAAGCUUGUAGAGAAUGGGGAUUCUUCCAAGUGGUGAACCAUGGGAUGAGUCCUCAACUCAUGGACCGAGCAAAAGAAACAUGGAGAGAGUUCUUUCAUCUUCCCAUGGAGCUUAAGAACAUGCAUGCUAAUUCGCCGAAAACAUACGAGGGAUAUGGAAGCCGUCUUGGCGUAGAGAAGGGAGCUAUUCUUGAUUGGAGUGAUUACUAUUUUCUUCAUUAUCGUCCUUCUUCUUUGAAGGAUUACACUAAGUGGCCUUCUUUGCCUCUUCAUUGCCGAGAAAUAUUGGAGGAUUAUUGCAAGGAAAUGGUGAAACUGUGCGAGAACUUGAUGAAUAUAUUAUCGAGAAACUUGGGAUUAGAAGAGGACAUACUUCAAAAUGCGUUUGGUGGUAAAGAGGAAUCUGGAGGAUGUUUAAGGGUUAAUUAUUACCCAAAGUGCCCUCAGCCGGAGUUGACUCUCGGCCUCUCUCCACACUCUGAUCCCGGUGGAUUGACCAUUCUCUUGCCGGACGAGCAAGUCGCCGGCCUUCAGGUCCGUGGAUGUGGCGACGCUUGGAUCACUGUCCAACCAGCUCCUAACGCUCUCAUCGUUAACAUUGGUGACCAAAUUCAGAUGUUGACCAAUUCAAUAUACAAAAGCGUAGAACACAGAGUGAUCGUGAGCCCUGCAAAGGAGAGGUUGUCAUUGGCAUUCUUCUACAACCCAAAGGGCAACAUCCCAAUCGAGCCAUUGAAGGAGCUAGUGACCGAAGAUUCACCAGCUCUAUACACCUCCACGACCUACGAUCAAUACCGUCAAUUCAUUCGUAUGCAAGGUCCACGCAGCAAGUCUCAUAUCAACGAACUUAGAUCGCCUCGAUAGUAGAACAUGUGCGUACAUUGAAUUUACAGUUGAUGAAGUUGUUUUCUUCUUGUCUAAAUAAUAAAUCAUGCUUCUUUCUUAUCUGUUAAAUUGAACUAUUUAUUAAUUGUAUUUUGUUAUGUAAUGUAAGGAUAUAAACAAUGAACUAUUUGUUCUUCUUUUUAU